AUGGCUACUCAGAGCCACGCCUGUGGUGACUUCCUCAUACCACGACGCACCGAUCCGAACGAACUACAUCACUACCACCACUACCGUCAGCACCAAGAGCUAGAUCCGCGCUGGUCUGGGACGACACAGUGUUGGAGGGCGCAAGCUGAGCCGGCGCUGCCACAUGAUCCUGCUACCCGCUUCCAACCACCACCCCCUCGGCAUUUGUACACAUCAUCAUCUUCGGWCGACGAGAGUCUUUCGAAAUCGAACGAAGGGUUGCCGAAUGGAACGGGAACACUCCACCACAUGUCGGACGAAUCCCAGAAGGAAGAGGCACUCCCCCAAGGAACCGGACUUAAGGCACACGCAUCCUCGCAAGGGUCCGAACAGCCGUUGAUUUUCUGCUGGCAGCAUGGUUGCAAUGGAAGAUCAUUCACAAAUCGUAGCAACUACUUGCGACAUUGUAGAGAGAAGAGUCGGGCAUAUGCUAAACCGAAGUGCCCGCGGUGCGGACAAGAGUUUUUGAGGGACUCGGGCAGGGAUUUGCAUGUUGGCAGACAGCUGUGCAAAGCAGUGGGCGUGGACUUGAACGGCGUGCUGGUAUGGAGUCCUUGGGGCUCGCAGGAUGAGGGUGUAUGCCUUUUGCUGGGUCCCGGACAGCAUGGACAGGUGCCAGCGUAUGGUGGUCCCGAUAAUAUUGGACUAUAG